AUGAUCCUACCCUCGUCUAUUAACGCCUGCGGGCUCUCCUGGCAUCCAGCUCUCCUGCAGCUUUUUUCCAGCUACCCCUGCAGCAUCCGGCUUUCUUCCAGCAUUCCCAGCUUCGGGAUGGGCUCACUUGCAGCAUCCAGCACUCCUGCAGCAUUUUCACUCCUGCAAAUUUCAUCAGUUCCUUCUUCAUAUUCAUACUUGUCCUUACCGCAUACACUGGAGCUCUCUUCCUUUGGCACAUUUUUCCCUUCAGUUUCUUUAACAACAUUAAUUCCUGCAGGAAAUUCCUCUUCAAUUUUUAUUUCUAUAUCUGUCUCCACCAUAUUCACAUUUUUUUUUGUUUCUCCCCUCCUAUUUUUGAUGUGCAUUCAUAAAAACUUAGCGGGAAAAGUUUUUUUAAAAAAGCUUAUAUUUGCCGUAAAAAGGAGCAAUGAAGUCAUUCUGGAGAGUGUUAGUGAUUCAUCUGGAACACUAAGUAUGGAUAAACCUGCCGAAAAUGUAAUGACCAAGUUAAACAAUAAGGUUGAUGGAACCCACAAAUUUAAAUGGAAGUAUGAUGUGAAGUUGGGGAUCUUCCCAAGCAAUCCAAUUCAAGAUGGUCAAUGUAAAAAGAUCCUGCCAAAUUUUGUAACCAAUGGAGUUUUUAGAGAUUCGUGCUGUUUGGUAUGGUUUGUUUUAUGGCAUAUCAACCUCAAUGGGUUAUUUAAUAUCAAUCUAUUCAUUUUUACUGACGGUAAUAUUUUUUUAUCUAUCUAUCUAUCUAUCUAUCUAUCUAUCUAUCUCAACAUGCCACCCAGUGAGAAUCAAAUUAUCUAUAAUAUAUCUCAUCUAUCUAUCUAUCUAUCAACCAAUGUUCAUUAUCUAUCUAUCUAUCUAUUAUCUAUCAACAAUCCAUUCAUCUAUCUAUCUAUCUAUCUAACAUGUUCAUUAUCUAUCUAUCUAUCUAUCUAUCUCAACAUGUUCAUUAUCUAUCUAUCUAUCUAUCUAUCUCAACAUGUUCAUUAUCUAUCUAUCUAUCUAUCUAUCUUCUAUCUAUGCCACUUUAGUUCCGCUAUCAUUCUCUCUUCUAUCUAUCUAUCUAUCUUAACAUGUUCAUUAUCUAUCUUGGUCUCUUCAUGUCUAUAA